UGGAACCGGCAGCCGCCCACAGGACCAGACCUCAGACAGAGUCUCCGUUUUGCUGACAGCAUGGACGUGAACGCGAUGCCCGCCCCCGCCGUGUGGCCGGGAGAGGAGCAGCCGUCGCUGCUGGACCAGGACGCCUCGCUGUCGUGCCAGGUCGCCGUGCCCGUGCCGUGCCCGCCGCCUCGGGGCGAGGAGCUCGUGCACGGCGGCGGCAGCCCGGUGGUCACGGGGCCCCCCCGCAGCAAGUCCAAGGGAGAGCUGGUCAUCGUCAUCAACGAGAAGCUGAAGAACAGUAAUGGGAUCCACCCUGCAGAGAGCACCUCUCCCGUCAUCUCCUCCCCUCCCAGAAGGCAACACUCCAUCUCCUACCCCCACCACGCCAAAACCAGGAAGGGCAGCAGGGCGGGCUCCAUCGGCUACACCGCCUUCUCGCCCAGGCCGUCGCUCUCCCGCCACUCCAGCAUCGCCACCAACCCGCCCUUGGACCGGACCAAGGUCAAAGACUACCUCCUGCUGUCCGUGCUGGCCUGCUUCUGUCCGGUCUGGCCCAUCAACAUCGUGGGAUUUGUUUACUCCAUCAUGUCCAAGAACAGUCUGGAGCAGGGGAACCUGGACGGCGCAGUGCGUCUGGGACGCGUGGCCAAGAUGCUCUCUGUGGUGUCUCUAGUAGGAGGGACGGUCAUUAUCAUCGCCUGCAUUGUCAACUUGGCCAUAAAUGUGAAAACCUGAGUUUCAUCCCAGGAUGAAACCGGAUAGGACAACUGACUGUCUGGCCUGCACCUGCACCAUCAUCCUUACCGCCUAGUCAUUACCUGGAUAUGUGACAAAGUUGCACCUGAUAUACAGUGCUUACUUAUAUUUCUCCAAUCUAUAUGAAUCCCUUUUGCUGAACGGAAGAGAAUAAAAUAUGCAAAAGCUGCUGCUGGGUCUGG